AUGAUCGGCAAUGGUGUGAGGAGAGAUAUAGUGAAGCACAGACUUAAACUUAAGAAGGUUUCAUACGCAGACCUUUACCAGCUUGCUGGUGUUGUUGCAAUAGAGGUUACACAGGGUCCAAUUAUUGACUUUGUUCCUGGCAGAAAGGAUUCAAAUGAAUCUCCACGAGUCCAAGCACACUUUCUAAAUGGUGAAGAAGAUGCAAGGAGUUUAAGGAGAAAAUUUUCUCGCAUGGGACUAAGUGAAGACGAAGACAUAGUAGUUCUAUGUGGAGGCCACGCUUUGAUAAGAGCUAUGCAUCCAAAAGUAGCAACGAGAGAGACACCUAAGGGUGAGACGCAUGAAGAUCGCAGCAAGUUCGAAGAAAGAAAAUGGACAAAGGAACCUUUGAAGUUUGAUAACUCCUAUUUUAAGGAACUACUGAGUAAGGGUGCAUCCUUUUCGAGGCUUCCCAUGGACUCUGCUUUAGUAGAGGAUCAAAGAUUUUAUCACUAUGUUGAACGGUAUGCUAAGGAUGAGGAUAUCUUUUUUAAAGAAUAUGCAAUUUCACAUAAGAAACUCUCAGAGCUGGGCUUCGAUCCCCAAAAUCUAAACAUGUCCAAGGGACUAUAUCAGAAGCUAAAUCAGCACAGGGGACUCGUAGGAAUCGGUAUAAUAUCAGUUGCGGUGGCCGGAAUAUUAGGUUACUUACAUAAAAAGAAGAAAAAUCAAUUGAAAGAUUGA